AUGGCCUUAUUUGGCCUAUGUAGUAGCAACCAAAGUGUUAAUGCAUCCACAACUCAAGCCAAUAAUGCAACCACCUUGAUUGUUAACCUUCAAAAUGAUCAUACUACUACUUCCAAUUAUACUAAAGUUACCUUAGGGGACAAGAAACGACAGAAUGGAGGUGGAGGUGGCGGUGGUGGUGGUGGUGGUGGCGGUGGUGGUGGGGGAGGUAAUGGUGGAGGUGGGGGAGGUGGGGGUUUUGCAUGGGGAUGGGGAGGAGGGGGUGGAGGAGGUGGGGGAGGAGGAGGGGGUGGAGGAGGUGGGGGAGGAGGAUGGGGUUGGGGAGGUGGUGGUGCAGGGUCAUGGAAGUGGGGCCGAUGUAGUGGAGGGGGACGAGGAGGAAGAACACGACAUGAAAAGCGAAGAUUUGGUCGUGGAAACUUUAAGUUGGGAGAAUUUGCACAAUGCAUGGGAGGAGGAAGGUGCAAGGGAAUGAAGCUUGAUUGUCCACUUCACUGUGGUGGAUUUUGCUACUAUGACUGCAUAAAUAGGUGCAAAGCUCAUUGUCGACGAUAAGCUUUCGUCUGUGGCUUUGAUAUAUAAGUUCUAGCUAGUCUCAAGAUGUUCCCUCCCCUUUUUGGUUUUUGCAACAUAUGAGCUUGUUUUUUUGGUACUGAAUGGCUAGCCAUAGCAGUCGACCUAAUUGUAGGGACUAAGGCUUUGUCAUUGCUGUUGUAGUAUAACUAGCUAUGGCUGACAUUUCUGUUGUCUGUUGUUUGUAAACCCAUUUUUGCUUUGCGCGGAUAUCCACAUUCUAUUUCUUCA